CCCGGAUGUUAGGGAGAGGGAUGGAGGGGAAGGAAAAAAUGGCAGCGCGGAGCUGCAGCGGAGUCACAGCGCGGACCCGGCCCGCCGGCUUCACCCGCCACACAGCCCCCGUCACCCGGCACACCGCCGCCGCCACCACCGCGCUCACCCCCCACACCGCCGGCCUGCUGCUGCUCUGCGCCAUGCUGACCCAGCCCGCCCGGGCCACCACUCACUGGGUCGUUACUGAGGACGGGAAGAUCCAGCAGCAGGUGGAUUCUCCGCUGAACCUGAAACAUCCUCAUCACUUAGUUCUGUUCAUGCAGCAGGAGACCCGGGUCAACUACCUCAAGAACCUAGAGAAGCAGCUGGUGGCUCAGAAGAUCCAUAUCGAGGAGAACGAGGACCGGGACACCGGAUUAGAACAGCGGCACUAUAAAGAGGAUCCGGACUGCGUGACGGCGAAGGUUCCGCUGGGGGAUCUGGAUCUGUACGAUGGAACCUUCAUAUCUCUGGAGAGCAAAGGCAUCAAUCCUGAAGAUUAUGUGGAUUCGGUGCUGCCGCUGCCCUCAGAUCUGGAGAAACCGGACUGUGCAGAAAUUCUGGAGCUUCCUUACAGCAUCCACGCGUUCCAGCACCUACGGGGAGUUCAGGAAAGAGCAAAUCUCACCUCUCCUUUACUGUCUAAAGACGACCCGAUAUUCGCUUCUCUAUCCCAUAAGCUGGGUCAGCGCGUGGACGAGGUCGGGCACAGGAUACAGCAGGGUCUGCUGAGGAACUCCUCCUCCUGGGUUCUGUAUGAUCUGGCCUCGUUUUACUGGCGGAUGAAGAACGAGCCGAGGAGAGCGGUGGACUGUGUGGUCAGAGCUCUGCACUUCUCUCCCAGGCAGCAUAAGGAUGUAGCUCUGGUGAACAUGGCGAAUAUUCUGCACAGAGCUCACUUCUCCGCCGACGCCGCCAUCCUGGCCCACGCUGCCCUGGACCUCACCACGGACCUGCUCACCAGCCACUACACCCUCGGCAACAUCUACGCUAUGCUGGGGGAAUAUAAUCACUCGGUGCUGUGUUAUGAGCAGGCUCUGCAGGCUCAGCCGGGGUUCGAGCAGGCUCUGCGCCGGAAACAUGCGGUUCUGUGCCAACAGAAACUGGAGCAGCGCCUGGAGGCUCAGCACCGGUCUCUGCAGCGCACUCUGAAUGAACUGAAGGAGUAUCAGAAGCAGCAUGAUCACUACCUGCGGCAGCAGAGCACUCUGGAUAAACACAAGCUGAUCCAGGAGGAGCAGAUCCUCAGAAACAUCAUCCACGAGACCCAGAUGGCCAAAGAGGCUCAACUCGGAAAUCACCAGAUGUGUCACCUGGGUCAACAGAACAGCCUGUUCUGCCCGUUCGACCUUCCCGUCCGCUACCACCGGGGGGACCUGUUCGAGAACGUGCACUACAUCCAGUUUGGAGAGGAGGUGUCGGUGGCGAGCAGUGUGGCGAUGGUGUCGGAGCUGAUGGUGAACGAGAGCCGGAGUUCUCAGCUGUUCUCCUCCGUCUCUGGAGAGGAGGAGCCAGCGGCGCACUGGGGCAAAGACUCCGCCUCCUCCGAUGAGGAGCCUCACAGCGUUUUGUGGCCCAGAAGAUCAGAAUGUGCCCAGCGAUUCCCCUCUAUACCCCCCUCCACCCAACUACCCACCUUCUUCCUCCCCCCAGAGAGCCAGGGCUUCAGGACUCAGAGCAGCCUGUACGGGAUCCGGAGCCCCCCGGGGUCCCUGCGGCCCCCAGACUGCGGCUCCAAACCUCAGCUCUCAGCCGGAGACCCCCUGUCCUCCGCCAGCGCCGCCACCGAGGGAAAACAGCUGCCCGACCAGCAGGCCACUCAGGUGCUGCUGAGGCGGAGUGGUGGGUGGAGUUUGGAGCAGACUGGAGCUUUAAUAACUCAUGCGAUGGAGAAGAUGAGUGUGCCGCGCUGGUUGCUGCAGAAUGAGGCGGGUCUGUUCUGGCGGGCUCAGGGUAACGGUACUCGGGCUCUGCAGUGUUUGCGUCAGGCUCUGCACUCUGCGCCGCCGCAGCACCGCGGCAUCCCGCUGGUGAACACCGCCAACCUGCUGCUGCACCACGGCUUACGCCGCGAGGCCCAGACCCUCCUGCAGCAAGCCCUGGAGCUCAACACCUCCGAGCCCCACACCGUGCUGAGUAUGGUGAAUGUGCAGCUGACUCGGGGGAACCUGACGGGGGCGCUGGCGCUGUUCCGGCAUGCCCUGUCUCUGAGUGCCGGCUGCAGCCAGUGCCGUGCCAGCCUGCCACUCCUGCGCUGCCUGCAGUUCUACCCCUUCCUCUACAACCUGCAGCACCAGCCCUGCCAGCAGGGUUCGGGCUGUGAUAAGGAGGUGGAGGAGGAGGUGGAGGUGGAGGACUGGGAGGCGGGUGCUGAGGGGAAGCAGCACACCGUGAGCGGUGACGCUAUGCCGGGCUCCACCCUGGAGGACUCACUACUGUUCGAGAAGGUGGUGGUGGACAGUAACGGUUCAGGUGAGGUGGGGCAGCAGGAGCGAGGCGGGGAGGAGAAGAGGGCGGGGCUGGAGGGGGAGGAGGACUGGAGGCUGAGAGAGGAGCUGAUUGGAGCUCUGGAUAUGAGCGGGAAGCGAGGAGACCUGCGGGGGAUCCGAGUCCUGAAGAACGAUGGGGUGAUGGGAGCUAAGAGCGGCGGGCCGUGUUUCGGUAACUGUGAGGAGGACGAUGGAGCGGAGUGGAUCACAUUUCAGGUGAAGCGAAUGAGAAAGCCGAAGUCUGACUCUGCGGAGGGCUGGGCUGGAGACGAGGACUUUCCUCAGACUGAGUCUUUACCUGGACACUCCUCCAUCCUGGAGAUCAGCGGACCUACUAUCCCCUCACCUGGACCUUCAGGGAGGUGGAGGGACUACAGCAGUCUGGGGUGGCCCGGCCCGGAGGAGUGCCAGCGCACGCGGCGGGUCGACCUGACCACCGUCGCCAGCACCUGGCUGGCAGUCUCCGCCAAGAAUAUAGAUAUAACGGAGCAUAUAGAUUUUGCGACGCCGCUGCAGGAACCCGCUGUGGAGCCGGUGUGUAACGCUAACCUGCCCGCAAGUAUGCAUACAUUAGACCACCUGGGGGGCGUGGCCAACCGCGGGAGUAUCCACUACACAGGGGAGAGCCAGCUGAAAGAGGUGCUGCAGAACCUUGGGAAGGAUAAUUUCUCACCUCAGUCCUUCGAGCAGGUGGGCACACGCAUCGCCAAGGUGCUGGAGAAGAAUCAGACGUCGUGGGUUCUGUCCAGUAUGGCGGCGCUGUACUGGAGGGUUAAAGGUCAGGGUAAGAAGGCGGUGGACUGUCUGCGGCAGGCUCUGAACUACGCUCCUCACCACAUGAAGGACGUCCCGCUGAUCAGCCUGGCUAACAUCUUCCAGAACGCUCGUCUGUGGGGGGACGCGCUGAUCGUCGCCCGCAUGGCCGUGGAGAUCGCCCCUCACUUCGUCGUCAAUCAUUUUACUCUGGCGAACGUUUACAUAGCCAUGGAGGAGUUUGAGAAGGCGAUGAGAUGGUACGAGUCCACUCUCAAACUGCAGCCCGAGUUCGGUCCGGCUAAAGACCGACUCCGUACCAUCCAGUGCUACCUCCUCACCAAGCGGGACCGCCGCACUCCCUGAACACACACCACACACACACACACACACCUACAUCUACACACACAUUCAGAUUCAGAACGUCUUCAUCUGUAAAAGUCUUCAUUUUGUCCGUAUAUAAACAUCAUCUCGACCCGAGUCUGAUUUAAACCAGUGACUGAUUAUAAACUGCAGAGGAUCCGGUUCAGUUCAGGAGAAACACAGACAGAAUUAUUCACCAUGAUUUCAGACAGAAAUCAGCCAGAUUCAGUCAGUGCAGUAAAAACCAGAGGAGGAGCCAGAUUCACCUUCACCCACUCGUUUACUGAUAAUCAGUGUCUCAGACUGCCUUCAUUGAGUUUAGAGCCUAACCCACCAAUAGCAGAGCAGCUUUUUCCUUUUAUAUAUCCAGUUUCUCCCGUAUCCAGUCUUAACUACACUCAACAUUAUGGCCAUUUUACCCUAACAUCAGUCAGAGUUAUUUAAAAAUAAAGUGUAAAAAACUUACAUACGGAUUGUUUAUACUGUUUAUACUGCAACCAACAGCCUAAUAACACCACAUGAUCAAUAAUAUUAUUAAUGAUUAAACACAGCUCGUCUACAACUCAGCAGAUUAACUCCAGAUAAAGCAGAUUAUUACAUUAAUCUGCGCUCGCAUUAUUUGUAGUAAUUAUAUAUCAGAAGAAGGUUAUAAACUGAUUUUUGGGGGAAAUUACAUGUGCUAAUAUUAUAAUUAUUAUAUCAGCACUGAGAAAAACUACCUGCUGGAACUGUUUGGAUGCUGAAGAUGGAAAGAUUUCAGAGUUUAGAGGAGAAAAAUUUGACGGAACGUGGGCGGGGCUAUUUUGUCAUUGAAACAUAUAAAAAUGGGCGGAGCUACACAUCAUACAUCUUACUGGAACCAGCCAGUAGAGGCGCUAGACUAGACCUGUGGCAGCUUCACCUUUAAGAGACUUUAUUUAAAUACAGUCACUGGUUUAAAUAGACGAGUAUCUUGUUUUUAAAGAUAUUUAAUGUCAGUUUUAUUAUUUUUAUUGAUUUUAUGGUUUUUAUUGAUUUUAGAGUUUUUAUGCAAGGUUUUUUAACCAACAUGCUGCUUUAAAAAGAGAAAGAAAAGGAUUUAAAGUCUUCCAGCUGCUGGAUAAACAGAUAUUUCUACCUUAAACUGCUGUAACACUGAUCUUAAUAUCAGAUUAUUGGAUAAAGUAAGAGUUGAACAGAUUGGUUGAUUAAUUGAUUAAUUGUGAGAAACACAAUCCACAAAUUAUUAGAACUGGUUUAUCUGAAGUGAGACGGUUCAGGGAGAAAAUGGUAAAGUAAGAAAUACAAAAAGUAUUUUUUUUAAGUAGAAGGAGAGUCUUCAGACAUUCGGCCAAAUAUUGUGGUUAAAUCAGUUUAAUAUAAUUAUCUACUCGUAUAAAUAGAUUAAACUGAGAUUUUUGCUUUAAUUAUAUAUUUGAUAAUUCGAUUAUAAUCAGAUCUGUAUGAAAAGGGAAAACCUGAUUGCGGUUAAUAAGGAAAUGUUUGGACAGUGUGGAUGGGUUAAAGGGAAAUGGAGAUUAUUUUUUUAUUAAGCAAAUAUUUAAUAAACUGCCCUGUUCUUCACCCUGACAGUAAUAAUAAUAAUAACUAUAACGGCAGGUUUAUAGGCGUAAAUAAGGUUCAUUGAUUGUAAACCGGUUAGUUUGUAUCUGGUGUGAACACGAUUCUGGAGCGUAAAUUUGUGCAGAGUGUACGAUAUCAGUUCUGCGUUUCGGUUUCUUGUAUAGAACAGUUUAUAGUAUAGACUGUAUAUAAGAGUGGACUCUUAACACCUCUUAUACUCUUUAUUACUCACUGUAAACAUUUAAACCCCGCCCGUAUUUCUGGGUGGAAGCCCCGCCCCCUGUCUCUAUACUGGAAUUGUACACUGACUGAACUCGUCUUUCAUCAAAAAUUAUUAAAAAAAAAGUUAAUUACCACACAGUGACGCAUUAAUCAUCCGCACACCCAGAUCAAUAAAUCGAUAUAUCAGACUCUCAGUAUUGGCUGUCUAUCAAUACCCUGCCCUCAGCUGCCAAUCACCUCAAAUAUACACAUUAUGGGCGGAGAAUUGACCAAACAUAACUGGUAAUGAAAAAAAAUGUGUAACUGGAUUUAUAAAUUAAACUUAAAUUUUCCUUCCUGCUCCGUUUACUUAUAUGGAAUUGGGGGGGUUAUACAGUAAGUGGUACUGCAGCCAGCCACCAGAGGGCGCAAUAAAUAUUUUGACUUUAUGUUCUUUCCAAUAUUGGCAAAUUGACAGAACAAAACUUAUAAUUUAUACAUUUCAACUAGCGUUUACUUCCUGCUCCGUUUAGACAAUAAUUGUUGUUGCUUUAGAAGCUCUGAGUGGCCUAGCGUCUAAAGCGCUGCCACUAUGAUCAGGAGAUCACUGAUCCAAAUCCCGGUCAUGCAGCUUGCCAUCAGCUGCCGGAGCCCUGAGAGAGGAAGCACAGUUGUCCAUGCUGUCUCUGGGUGGGUACAGUACAGUAGAUGGCGCUCUUUCCCCUCAUUACUCCUAGGGUGAUGUGGAUCGGCACAAGGCUGCGUCUGUGAGCUGAUGUAUCGGAACCAAGUGUCCUUUUGGCUUUAAUUAUCCCACGCUCUGACCCUCCCCUUUUUACCCGUUGUGUUCUGUUCUUUAAACCAAAGUUUAAUUUCUGCUCCGUUUACUUACAUGCAGUUGGGCGGGUUUAAACAGCAAGUGUACAGGAAGUUCUACUGCAACCAGCCACCAGAGGGUGCAGUAACGCUUUAGCUUUAUUUUUCCCGUGCUGUUGCCCCGCCCACUCUUAUAUACAGUCAGUGGUUAGAUGUGUUUAUUUUUUUUUCUGUAUUUACUGCAAAACCACCACAUAAUUCAUCUAAUUUACAGUGUUUAUAUUAAAAUAAAAUAAAAGAAAGACAUUGGUUUUGUGCCGAGCGAUGCCAAAUCAGUUUCAGAAUUUAUAAAUCUGAUCUCCAGUAUGAUGCACCUAAUUGUUCUGUUUUUAUUUAUUUUAUAUUUUUAAAUCAAACUCAUUUUCAAAACACAUUCAACCUUUGAUGUAACACUACACACACAAAUACACACACAAAUACACACACACACACUACACACACAUCCAUACACACACAAAUAUGUGAAUAUCAAACUGUAAUGCAACUCUGACUUCUUUCUUUUCAUCAGUACAAUAAAAAUGUACCAGUCAUAUUUUAAUGAUAAAUGAACACUGUUAUAAAGAGAAUAAUAAUUAUUAUUAUAUUAUUACUAUACAGGCGGUUUAAGGUGGAUCAGUGUUAUUAUAAUGAGAGACAGACGGUGUUUCUGUUGAAUCCUGUGAUUAAAGAUUAAGGGAGAUUAUUCUGCUGGGUGGGGAAACUUUGGAAAUUAAUUAAUAAAAUAAAAAUAUCUUUUAAAAUCA